AUUGAAUCUUUACUCCAUAAAGGCAACGACAAGCCAAGGCAGUGGCUGGCCCUGGAUUAUACAAGUGCAGACACUCCACUAAGUGAGGGAUCUACCUCAUUAAAACCACCAUUUGGAGUUGGCAGUCUCAGAAGAAAAGCCAAGGACAGAGUAAAGCCCCGAUCCUGCAAUCAAACCCAUGUGGGCAGACUCUUCCAUUCGCACGGAGUCCCACUGACCAAUCACCUCCAAGCUGGAACACACAGGUAAAAACUUAGGCUCAAGUGCCCACAUGAUCACCACAGCAAGGAUACCUGCUGACAAGCCAGUCCGCAUCGCCUUCAGUCUAAAUGACUCCCCAGAUGAUGCUCCCCCUGAAAGCACCUUUCCAUUGGCAUUUCCUGAACUAGAUCAGCAGCUUCAGCCCCUGCCACCUUGCCAUGACUCUAAGGAAUCUAUGCAGGUGUAUAAACAGCACUGCAAAAUAGCAGAAGAAUACCAUGAAGUCAAAAAGGAAAUUGCACUGCUGGAAGAAAGGAAAAAAGAGUUGAUUGCCAGACUGGAACAAACGGAAAAGGAGAGCAUGGAUGCUGCUCAGCUGGCUGAGGAGUAUGCAGCACUGACAGAAGAGAAUCGGACAUUGAAGCUGGCCCAGACACAGUGUGUAGAACAACUGGAAAAGCUUAGAAUACAGUACCAAAAGAGACAGGGAUCUUCAUAACUCUCAGCUACCUAUUACGGUGCAGUGAAAUCCAGUGUUUGUUUUGUGCUGGCCAGGAGGUUUUAAAAAAGGUUCUCUUUAAUAUGCUGUAAUACUUUACUACAAAUACAGAAUAUGUAAAAGUCUAUAUUUAAUUUAAUGUUUGCCAGCCAGUAGCUUACUAUAAUGGAUAUUUUAUUCAUUAUAUAAUGGCUAUUUUAUUUCAAGUAACAUAAUUGAAGUAUAUCUAUCCCCAUUAUAUGUUCUAGAUAAGAUUUCUUUUCUAAAGAUAUUCUUUCAAUUUAAGAAAAUAUAGACACACUAGAAACUGAUAUAAAUAGUCUCUGUGUUAGGAGUUGGACCAUACUAAGCCAUACACAAGGGGCAGUGUUAAUCUAUGGAACGCUGUGACGUGUUUUAAUUUUAGUUCUGGGGGGUUGUUGUUAUUUUUUCAUGCCUGAAGGGUUUGGAAAUUAUCCUAAAUGUAACCUCCUGGUUCUGGGUAAAAACUAUGUCCUUAUUAAUUGGCACUGUGACAGCAGCUUUGGUUUUGGUAGUGAAGUCCAAGAGAUUGCACAUUAAAGAAAAAGUAGCUUACAAAAAUAAUUUUGAUCAAAUAAGCACAUUGCCAGUAAUAAUUUACAAGUUAUGAAAUGGAAAGGAAACAGAUGAAAUCAAGUUUUCCUUCCUCCACUGUAUGGUUUGCUAGAGAUUCUUUUCUAUUUAAAAGUCACUUGUACUUUUUGGCAUGCAAGAAAUGUAAAAAUAAUGUAUGGACACUACAGUGGUGAAUAAAUAACACUUUAUGGUUUUAACUGUGAAUAAUUCAGUAAAACUAUAUUUUGUAGGCUGUUUUGGAGCAUAAAUGACUGAGUAGGGACUGAGCAGUUAAAUGAUAUACAGAUAACUGGGAGUGAAAAUGACUGUUUUCCUUGCUCUAUUUAUCACUGUAUUUUCCUAAAUCAAUUUAAGAGUCUUUGUUAUACUUCCAUUUCUAUUCAUAUGGUAUUUUUUUCAUUAAAAGUGAAUAUACAAAACUUAA